CAGCCUCCCGGCCUCCUACAACUUGCAUUUUGGCCAGUCGUUGCUCCUCUUGGUAGCUGUGGCUGGGAUAUAAACUUCCUCAUAUCUUAACGGAAUUGCAUUCUGCUCUCCAGUGGCGACAAAUCGUCAUCUCGAAGUUGCCUGUGUAGAAGAAAAGUGUUAAUCCAGUAUAUCGUCUGCCCAAAAUCUGCACGGUAAGUACGACUGGCCUGUUUCCUUCCAUAUCUGUGGUUUGUCUGUGGUAGCCAGCAAGGUCAAGCGGUUGUAGCAGCGCUUCAGCGGCAAGUUUCAGAGUGUACCUGACGACCGCUAGUGGCGUGACUGGUCUCAUCCCCGAUCCCCUGUGCAGCGCACCCGUUCAAUCUUUGGAGAAGUAGCGUUAAACUUCUUGCGUGCACAUUGUGGCUCUUUCUCCAGGAUACAAACGUCCUCAACAGGCGUUUAUCCGGCGUAUAUCUAGAUGCAAUGUACGUCCGGGUUUGCCUGAAACUCCCGCCGCUUACACCAGCGGUAUCAGCCAAGCUCUGGCCAAGACAUCCAGUUUCAAAUCAGCCCUAGUAGGACGACGAUCUGAGUCUAGGCCCGCCCUACCUCGCCGACUAAAUUGUUAUUUGUUGCAACCAUACCGGGCAACUCUGAGCUCUCCGAGCCCGCCAAGAGAUGCCAUCGUCCUAGCAUCGUUGUUGAACCAAAAUAAUGGAUAGCCUCCCAACUUUGGUACUGAUAAAAGCCACACACCUUGUUUUGGCCUUUUCACCGGAUUCCCACCCGACUUCGUUCAUUCGUCCUUCAAGCAAGCAUUUGGCCUUGCUUUUCUUCUCCUUCCUUCAACCUUGUGGCUGGCCUCGAUUUUUAACCUUCUUUUCAUUCAACAUAACAACACCGAAUCACUCAUUGUUUAGGCCGUAACAUAUUGACUAUGUUCUCCCGCAUUCUCUUUGCCACCUUCGUUUUCGCAACGAUAUCUGCGCAAGCAAGCUGCAUACAUGGAACCUCCUUUCUCCGUCGCGAGGUUUCGGAGGAAGGAAAAGUGAAGGUCAGCAACUUCGGCUACAACAAAGAGAACGGUCCUGCAAACUGGGCCCAGUUGGAAGCUGGAAAUACCCAAUGUGCGACGGGCAAAAAUCAGUCGCCCAUUCUUUUGGACGAUACAAUCCCGAAGGCUACCUCGCGACCCAAGGUGGUCAUCGCCGAUGUUGAAGAGGCAGAGUUCGAGAAUUUGGGAACAACUCUGGAAGUCAUUGCCAACGGGACUACUACGUUUGAAGACAAGGACUUUGCGCUCAAGCAGUUUCACCUCCAUACCCCGAGCGAGCACCGUAUAAAUGAGGAGUAUUUUCCCGUGGAAAUGCACAUGGUUCAUGAAGGCGCCGAUGGUUCCAUCGUCGUCCUUGCAGUACCGUUCCAGCUCACUGAGGACGGCUCUACCACUCAACUCCUGACUUCCGUUAUUGAGAACAUUGACAAUGUCACGACUCCCGGUACGGUCACUAAAACCGGCAAGCUCGAGUUCGCCGAGCUCACCAAAGCCCUCGAGACGGAAGCCCUCUUCCAAUACACCGGUUCUUUGACAACUCCCCCAUGUGCUGAAGGCUUGACAUUCCUUGUCAUGGAGAAACCCCUGCCUUUGGACGUCAAGACUUUUAACUCCUUGAAGUCGGUUAUGAAGUUCAACUCUAGGUUCGUCCAGAACGAACUCGGAAAACCUAAUGUCCUUGAAGUCGCUUCGGAGGCCGCCGCAAAAGUUCAAUGCGCUGGUCCCGGUGAUAAGACUGAGGUCAAGGUUGACAUGAAGGCUGACCACGCUGGUCCCGGUGACAAGAAGACUGAGGCCAAGGUCGACAUGAAGGCUGGCGAUGCUGGUCCCGGUGACAAGAAGACUGAGGCCAAGGUUGAUAUGAAGGCUGACCACGCUGGUCCCGGUGACAAGAAGACUGAGGCCAAGGUUGAUAUGAAGGCUGACCACGCUGGUCCCGGUGACAAGAAGACCGAGGCCAAGGUUGACAUGGAGGCUGGCCACCAGCGCACGUCCACGAUGUCAGCAUCUAAAACCGAGGAGACUGACUCUGCCUCUCAGAAGAUGGAAACCGAGGCCAAGGGAUCGAAAUCAGAGGAAACGAAAAUGGAGGAAAACGGGAAGGAGGCGGGUAGUGAGCAACAUAAAGUUAUGCCCGCAGGCAACAAGAUGUGGAGAAGAAGAAGAUCCUAUAAACAGCAGUGAAGGAAAGGAGCGACUGGGCUUGGACAGCUCUAGGUGGAUCCUUAGGUAAAUGGUAUUGGGCGAUUAACUAGUAGAUAUAUGUGUCCUUAGGAACAUUUGGAUGAUGUGCGAAUGAAAUUCCCCCCUUCUCGCUUCGCGCUGGCUUCGCCGCUCCGU